ACUCACAAGUCGAAGUCCGAUUCCAUCUGUGAAUCCAAGCAUCGGUCUGAAACCUCGGGUUACUAGUAGGCUUUCACCUGCUCAAAAUCCACCAGAAUUUAUUGUCCCAGUAUUUUCAACUCAUUCUGCUACUGCAUCACAACAACAGCCAUUAUCAGCUAACACUAUUACAACAGAGAAAAUUGUUAAUAAUGUUAAAAUUACAUGUAUAGUGAAGUCAGUUACUUCUAAUUUUGAUGCGCACUCUGUCGACUUGAUAAGGAAGAAUCAUGAUUCUGGCACCUUCUGUGAAAAGGGUAGUGCCAGAUUCAAUGUUGAUGUGCCAAAAUGUGCUGAGAGGAGUAUGUUAAGUUCAGGCAACUUCCGUUCUGGUAGCAAUUGUGGUUCGAAUAGACGGAAGGAGUUACCAAUGCAGAUGGACCAAAAGAACAAUUCGAAUACUUCCCACAAAACGGACGAUGAGACUAAUGGUAAUGUAUCUGUUGUCCGUUGGUUGAAUACCACUGUCAAAUCGUCUGAUGUGGAUGCGGCUGAUUCUAGUCAAAUGCAAGACUUCGUGGAAGAAGGUGGCAGUUCUAGACAUGAGGAAACAUUAGUGAAAUUUGUCCAACGGUCAACGGAAAGGCGGCUGUUGGCACAGACUGGUGAUAAGCUUGGAAUGAUGCAGUCACCCAAAAAAGCUGGUUACGUCUCCAGAGAUCAGUUUGAUACUUCGGCUGUAUCUCUAACUCCAGCAGAGUCCUCUGUAGAAGAAAGUCUUGACCUCAGGGCAAGUCGUUCAGCAUCUAACAGUCAACAACCAAUCGAACGACAUCUGAAUUCUCCAUUCUCCACCGUGGGACGAGGAUGGGGACGUGGAAAAUUGAAUCACCAUUGGAGUAUUCGAGGACCUGUUGCUGGGUAUGACAACGACUAUGACUUAGAAGGGUCGGGUGACCAGUCUUGGAAUUUCAACCAGCCUCGUCAAAGACCUCGAAAAAGAACUAUUUUUGACAAUCCACCUCCAAUUCCGCAUUUCCAUGGGAAAAAGCCCACCAAGCCAACAGAUGAAGUCACUCAAGAAGCAAUUUAUAGGAAAGUCGUAUCCUUCAUCCCUGCCGAUGGUGUCAUCUCAGUGCAGAGUCCUGAAAUAAUCGAAAUCUUCAAAAGCCUGACGUCAGUUGAGAGGGAAUACGUCAUGAAACGUGGCACAUUGCACAACUUUCUUAAGGAUUGCCCCUAUCUCGGCUGUUAUGAUUCGAAGUUUUUUGUCCGAAACGAUGGCCAGAAUCCUGUGCGGGUGGAUGAUGAUGAACCUCUAUUAACCGGGUAUGAUCACGCAUUUCCCGGGUACCAAGGUGGCUACGGUGACUGUGGAGAUAUUCAGUUCAGUGAUGAGGAGGUUGACGAAUCACCGACCACCCCAGCCGAUAAAUCAACGUUGUUAUGCCAAGACGCAGAAGUCGCCAACAAGCAAGACGGCGGCACGGAAAACAACUUCUUCUUAAAAUACCCGGAGAAGGACCGAAAAACGCUGCCAAGGAUUACCACCAGUAGCGACAAGUCUUAUGAGCAGUUCAUAAGCCGCCUGGAUGAGAUCGGUAUCAAAGUUGGGGAAGCAGACGCCGAGUUGGGGGCAGGUGACCAGGAAAACAAUCAAGACCUCGUGUUGUCGCCAGAGCAGGGAAUGUUCCAGAAGUUUUUAUCGAAUUUGAAGAAGUCGGGCAUAAAAGUCGAGUUGAAGAAGGAGGCGGAGGCGGAUGCCUGUCCCGCAGCCGAGUGGUCACAUGGUUAUGAUGAGCCUACAACUCAUUUCGACCACUUAGCCGUUGCAGACAAUACGGUUAUUAACGGCGUGGUCAUUCCCGAUGAAGAGGGCUGUGUCCAGGUUGUGGAUUACGCUGAUGCUGAUGAUGAUAUUGACGUAGGUGAUGAUGACAAUGUGGGAGAUUUUGAUGAAAUUUACGUCAGCGAUGAUGAAGAUGGUGCAGUAUUUGCUGAACUUGUUGCAGAUGCUGAAGUUGAUGUCGUGCCUAAUGGUGAGGAAGAGCAGGAUGCUCUUCAUGAUGAAAAUAAUGCUAGCACUGCUACCUUCAAAAGCCAGAGGAUGGCGAUAACGACCGAGCCAGGAGCUGAUGAUAAGGCUGCGACUGAUGGAAAUGUUGACGAUAUUGUUGGAUUUCCAGCUGCCAUGAAAAAAGAAGCUGGGACAGACUUCGCACUCCAAGCUGUAACCAACACUGUUGAUGUUGUUGCUGCUGUUGAACACAAGGGUUUGGCUACAGAGGCGGUCGCAAACAGUUGUGAGUUUAUUGCUGAAAUAGCGGCUCUUCGAGAUGCUAUCCUCGAUGCCAGCGAUCAAUCGAAAGAAAGAAACGUUCCAGGACGAAUAAACAAUAUUCUUGAAAAGAUCGAUGAUCUAAAACAUGCUGCUGAGAAUUGUACCGGUACUCCAGAUAAUAUUUGUGACGUAUUAGAAAAUUUCACGGAUUGCAUCAUUGAGGCGGAAUCUUGUGGCCAGGGCCUCAAUCAGUUGUACGAGUUGGAGCGUUUUUUACUUCUUGAGAAAAUGUUUGUUUCUUACAAUGAUGGUGAUGCUGGAAACAAGGGCAUUAUAUCAGAGGCUGUCAAUGCAGCUAGUGUUGAAAAUGGUUGUGUGUUAUUUGAUGAAAUUGAGGCUAUUAGGGAUGCUAUUCUUGAUGUGGGAGACCAGUCUGAAAACAGUGAUGUUCCUGGACGCGUCAACAAUAUCUUGGCAAGGAUCGAUGAUCUUAAACAUGCUGCUGAAAUUCGUAUUCAUACUCCAAAUCACGUCUUUGAUGCAUUGGAAAAUUUCAAGGAUUUUAUCAUUGAAGCAGAGGCUUGUGGCGACAGGCACAAUUCGUCAUCCGAGUUGGAGCAUUUGUUACGUCUCAAGGAAACUAUUUUUGCAUCUUCCGUUACGCAUAGUUCAGAUGACAAGUCAGUGCCGUCCAACCGUAGAUUGGACAAAGAUAUGCCGGGCUCUGGUCAAAGUGUGAAAAAGACUGCUUUUAAGGUUGGUUGUCCCGUGUUUGUGCCUGGGAAGCCAUCGCCUAAAGAUUUGAAAGUCAAUAUAUCGACCACAACAUCGUUGAAGUUCGAUGCCCCUGCAUUUGUACCUGGACUUCCGAUUACUCCUCCACCAGAUGCCUGCACCAAAUUUGACCUCGCCAGCCCAGAAUUUGUGCCACAGUCUUCCAAACCGCUGUUGGGUUCUUCUCCAUUGACAAAAGAUGCCACUCCGUCCCGAGAAACUCCACAACAUUCCAGCUCGCUUCCGUUUGUGGUUGGAAUGUCUGUGUCCACUCCAGCGGUUAAAUCCGCAUCGGAAUCUACCUUGGCUCAACCUCAGACAUACCCUGCCCCUGUAGUUAUACCACACUCAGCUGUAACAUCACUGCCGUUAGCAGGUUCCAUACAUUCUCAAGUAUUUCUUCCUCCGCCUACAACAAAUAUGAGCCCAGGACCAGUGCCAAAUCAUACCUUCCCGUCGGAACAGCCUGCUCCAGUAGCGGGUCAAGGACAAAUGCCGACUCUUUCUGGUCCUUCAGUUUCUUAUUUCGGACCUAGUGCUGUAUCCUCGCAAGGUUCUACGUAUAUGCCGUCCCAAGUAUUUUCUCCGCCUAUAUCAAAUACAAACGCAGGAGUAGUGCCAAAUCAAGAAUAUGCUUCAUUUCCGCAAUCGGCCCAAGUAGUGGGUCCUCCUGCCUCUUAUUUUGCACCUGGAACUGGACUGUCUCAAGCACCUGUAUUUACCCAAGGGCGUGCACAAGGACCUCGGAUGGGAUCGGGACCACCAUUUCCAGUGCCUGUCUGUGGCCCGCAAAUGGUUCCAGGACCCCAAAUGGUGCCAGGACCACAAAUGGUGCCAGGACCUCAAAUGGUGCCAGGACCUCGAAUGGUGCCAGGACCACAAAUGGUGUCAGGACCUCAAAUGGUAAAAGGACCUCAAAUGGUGUCAGGACCUCAAAUGGUGCCAGGACCUCAAAUGGUACAAGGACCUCAAAUGGUGCCAGGACCACAAAUGGUGUCAGGACCUCAAAUGGUACAAGGACCUCAAAUGGUGUCAGGACCUCAAAUGGUGUCAGGACCUCAAAUGGUACCAGGACCACAAAUGGUACCAGGACAACAAAUGGUACCAGGACCUCAAAUGGGAGCCGGGCCUCCUCCAUGUUCAGUGCCUGGGUGUGUUCCAGUCAGAUGGCCUGGACCUACAAUAUUGUCUCAAGUACCAGGACCUAUGCAGACUCAGUUUGUAGGCCCGGGACCGCCACCAUCUCCGGUUGGUCAGCGUGUGCAAUUCGUACCUUGUUCAGCCCCUCCAGUACUUUCACCAGAAGCUUCUCCUUUACACAUUUCAUCACCUCUACCUCAUCCACAUUCUCCGACAGUUUCAAAUUGCAAUAUAGUUCCAGUUCAAUUAUCACCAGUUCAAGCACAGGAUAAGCCGCAGUUAUCAAGAUUCGGCUGCUCACCGUCCCCAAAGCCCAUUAUUGAAUAUGAAGCGUGUAGCGAAGCUCAAGUUAGAUCUGGCACGGCUGCUACCAAGGCAUUAAGCGACAAGUCUUUGGACCUUCAAAAGGCCACGCCACUGGCCUCGAGACCCAGUAGUGCGUCACCAGCCAAGUCUGUGACAAAAGACCCGGCAACUGCUCCCAUAUAUGCUCGUGCUACGGCUACCACUUCGGUAGGCACAGAGUCAUCUUCAUCCUGUACUCGUAGUGACUCUGAUUUACCUGCUGCUCCUCGUUACUCUCGUAGAGACUCUGUGUGCCAAACUGAUUCCCGGGACACGCAGGAUGCUAGUGUGGCUACACAUCGAAUAAAAAUGACGGAAGUCUCGAGUCAGACUGUUCCGCCGGUCAUGUGCGAUGUCAUGAUCAACACGCUCAACGACACGGAGUUAGACCUCCUGAUGCCUGCAGUGGAGACCGCAGAUGUCGGGACCAACACCAAGGGUCCUAAGAUGAUGGACAAGGCAGUGUUGACACGGAUUAUGGCUGAAAAUCUCACGUCCUCGAAGAGCACACAAACCAAGAUUCAUUUGGUCUCGAGCAGUCUGUACGGGAAGGCGCUCGCCAGGGCAUUAAUGGCUGAGGAAAAAAUCCUUGAGCUGGAGGCAAGCAAAUGCAUUUCCGAUCUAACAAGAUCGAAAUGUGAUGUGAGCAUGAGCUACCAGCAGGAACAGGCUUUGCUCUGCUUGAGCCAAGAAGAGAAAGGUGGCAUGGAUGAAAACCAUCAGAAAGUAUUGGCCAACAUUGAUCAUGAAAUAGUUAGAAUACAGAACCUUCACCUGGAGAAUCUACAACGACUGAGAGAUGGCCAGGCCCUGGCUAAGCUCCCACCCAUUACCGUCACAAUGCAACGUGUUGAAACCAGAAUCAACCAGAAUCUGAUGACCACAGUCAAAAAACAGGAUUCCGCCGACAGAAAACCAAAUAUCCUGAAGGCUACGGAAGUAGAGAGUGAGAAAGACGAUGAACUGGAAAAUUGUCUCCAUGCCAAUUCGUUACAACUGGCGCCCCCUAAUAGUCUGCAAGAACCGAAAGAGCCAACUGAGCGGCUGAUUACCCUGCCAGAAGCUGGCCAGAUAACUCCAUCAGAAGCUGUUCGGAUGGAAAGACCCAAACCAACCCGACCACCUGGUCUGAACACAGUACCUGAGCCUCUUGCUGAGAAUGAAAUGGCAGAGAUGGAGAAGUACGUCACCAACACAAUGCUGUCUGCUCCUGCUGCAACCACUUCUAGCGUUGACCCUGUCGUCCUUCAGCAGUUAGUGGCAAUGCAGAUUCUGCAACAGUAUCCGAUGCUCGGCAAUGAUCCACAGUUGUUGCAGACGUUCGUUUUCCAGCAGAUGAGUGCUAUAAUGCAUAUGCAGCAUAAUCAGCAGAUGCAGGCAUCUGCUCCUGAAACUUAUGGUGCUCAGGCACCUGCUGAGACGUCUGGUGUUCAAGCGUCUGCUGCUGAGAUGUCUGGUGUGCAAACGUCUGCUGCUGAGACAUUUGGUGUUCAAGCGUCUGCUGCUGAGACAUUUGGUGUUCAAGCGUCUGCUGCUGAGACAUUUGGUGUUCAAGCGUCUGCUGCUGAGACGUCUGGUAUUCAAGCGUCUGCUGCUGAGACGUUUGGUGUGCAAGCGUCUGCUUCCGCAACGUUAGGUGUCCCAGCGUGCGCUUCAGAAACAUUGGUUCCACAUGAAGCAGAAGCUCUGUUUACAUCCAGUGGCCCUGAGGAAACUCGAAAGAAAUCUGAUGCAGCUCCGUCCAAGAACAUGAAGAGAACUUGUUCAAACCGUUCACCCAGCAACCUGGAGGAAACGCCAAAAGAAACUGUUCUUUCCAAAUCACGGACUGUGGCGAAUUCUGAUGUACCAGACUCUUGGGAAGAUACUCUUGCCUACCCAGAUUCAAAAACUUCAAGCAGGAAAUCUUCCACUAGUUCUAAAUCAUUAGAGACAGCUACUUGUUGUUCACAAUCAUUGGGUAGAAAAUCUCCCUCCUCGGAAUCAUCCCGUCCAAACUCUGCUCACUCCGCUACGAAAUGUUUUCCUGAGGAGCAAAAAAAACCAGUGAGUUCUCUUCUGAAAGGUGGCAAUUCGUCCUUCAAAAGUGGUUUCUAUAAAGCAAAGGCUGCUCAUUCUCAAACAGCGUCUGAUUCUUAUAACUCCAAACUCUCACAGAAAAGUUCGGCCGAAUUAUCUAGUUCUUUAGCACGUCGAGUCACUGGGGAUGGAAGUGAUCCAAAACCGAAAUAUUCCAAGCAAAAUUUCGUUCCGCCCUCCCAACCUGCUCUGCCUGGUUACGGAUCGGCCCAGGGAUUGUCCAGUUCUCUUCCACAAUCAUCACAGGGCCCUCAAUCCAGCUAUGGAUAUGCGUUCCAGCCGUCGGAAGAUUGGGACGAGGAGUGGGACAGUAGCGUCAGCCACGAUGACAACCCGACUUUUUACAAGGUCAACUGCAGUAGGAGAUUCAAAGCCAAGUCGGUUUCCGAUGCCGUGGACGAGGCCGUCACAGUCGACCUCUCGAAGGUUGAUGCAAAACCCCCGAAAACUCGAGGAAGGCGGGGAAGAAAAGGUGGAUCGACGAGUCGAGAGAAUGUCGUUGCUAGUCAAACGUCAUUGAAUUCCUUCGAUGAAAACAAAACGUCGAGCGAGUCUGCACACGUUGGUUCUGCUAAUCAAACAACUUGGGAUGCAUUCGAUGAUGUUCAGAAAUCGACAAGUGACUCAACCAGUACUUUAACUCCUGCUAGUCAGCCAUCUAGUUGGAAUAACUUUGGUAGUGUCAAGAAAACGUCCACCAAAACACCCAGUGAGUCUAUCGGCAUGAUAAGUUCAAAGUACAAGGCAGGUGCCUUGGACUCCUUCAGUGAGAACCAUGAUCCCUUCCAGCCAAAGUUUAAACCUCCGGAGAGUUUCAUGCCAGCAUCUGAUGUGGAAAGUACGACAUCGGCAGGAAGUGGGUUGAACAUAGAGGUUGUGCCGCCGGAGAAGAAAGCGGCAGAAUGGCAGCAGCUGACCAAGAAAAAGCCUGGCAGUGAAAGCACAAGCAAGGAGAGUAGCACUGCCGGCAAGGCAAAGAAAGAUUCAGCUGGCACCAAGAAGGCAACAUCUGGCAAAAGCAACAACUUUGAGCGGCUGAUUACAACCUUGCAGAAUGCCUUGCCUGACAUCAGUCGGGACGGGGUGAUCAAACUGAUCAAGGAAGUGCGUACUCAUAAUGGAGGCCUGCAGGGACUCACCUUACAAAAUAUCAUUGAAAUGGCUGUGGAGUUGAGCAAGCAAUCGGCUUCCAACCAAGCUUUGAAUUAUGCCAGUGCCAUCCAGAACAAGACGCCCACAAAAAUAGAACAGAAGGAAUCCAACUCACUUCAAAGCCUUGGCAAACUUCCAUCGAAAAAAGAAACCAAACCAGACACUGCGGAACCUUUCGUCCCUGCUCAGGCUCCACCCAAGCAUCUAGCUGCCGCCCCAAACUCUCAUCAUGAUGAUGAUGAUGAUCUUGAUAACAUGUGCGUCAUUUGUCACGAUUCCCUCAAGACAUACAGCACCAAGACUCUCGACUGCGGCCAUACCUAUCAUGAUAUGUGUAUCAAGAAGUGGGUCUACAGCGUUGAGAGAACUUGUCCAACUUGUCGCUCACAUGCAUUAUUCCCCGAGGAGUUCCCAAAGCUAGCUUAAUAGGAAUCAACCUGGGACCACUGUGGUGACAGGCGCUAAUGUUUCCAUUAUGCCAUUCCAACGGCCCAAUUAUGAUUAUGAAGGAAUGAUUGAGCGGAGUAUUCUUUUUGACAGUUUUUAUGCAUACUUCUUAAAAUAAACGUGUGUAGUCAUGAUAAAAUUUCUCAGUAUUAAAACUUUAUGUUUUUUAGUAUUAGUUAUUGCUGAUAUCAAUUAUGAUUCGCUGCCGAUUAUAUGAACUGAAGGUCAUAAUGCUGUUAUUUUGUAUUGAAACUUAAGACUUAUUUUUUGGAGGCAACAGAAAUUGCGCCAUUAAACAAAAAAAGAUGGCAUCUGUAUACUUUUAUUUGAACGACACGUAGCUGUGUUUUUCGACACUUUCAAUAUUCAUUUUUGUCUUAAUCCUUGCCAGAUUUUGUACCUGUACAUAAACUUGUAAUUAGUUAACUUUGAUAUAUUGAACAGAUGUCAUACU